GUAUAAAAUAUUUUGUCGAACUACUAAGGAAUUGGAAUAUAGGAUCUCAUUUCCGGAUCUGAACCGUCCAAUCAUUGGUUUUAUCAUUGAUUUGAUUUGUUCUUCUUCUUUUUUCCUUUUAAUUCGGUGUUUUCUUUACUUGUUGCGAAGUUUUUUCCGAUCCCAAUUUUUACUGAUGUGGUUCGAUUAGGUUAAAGAUUUAUGGUGUAAAUUAAUAUUUUUUUUCCUGUAGUGUAGUCGUAGUUUGAGUUAUUUUUAUACCUUUUAAAUUUGGUUUAUGGCGGAAGAAAUCUGAGAGCGCCAUGAGGAAGAAGCUCGAUACUCGUUUCCCCGCUGCUCGUAUUAAAAAGAUUAUGCAAGCUGAUGAGGAUGUUGGGAAGAUUGCAAUGGCAGUACCUGUUUUAGUCUCCAAAGCUUUGGAGUUAUUUCUGCAAGAUCUUUGUGACCGAACAUAUGAUAUAACUGUGCAGAGAGGGGCAAAGACUGUUAGUUCACUGCAUUUAAAGCACUGUGUGCACAGUUAUAAUGUGUUUGAUUUCCUGAGGGAAGUUGUUAGCAAGGUUCCUGACUAUGGUAGUUCUGAUGCCACUGCUGCUGCUGAUACAUCAAAAAGAAGAAAGGUUGCAGCAAAUGAAUUGAAUGAGAGUGAUGAAGAGUCAAAAGGAAGCAAUAUGCCGCAAGAAACUCCCCGCGGGACUAGCACUGGCAGGGGAAGAGGAAGGGGAAGAGGACGAGGACGGGGACGUGCCAGCAAAACUGCAGAGAGAGAAAUCCCUCGACACGAGAAUGAGCCUAGCUCAAAUAUUCCUCACCAAAGCAUCAAACAUGAAUCAAGCCCUGGGAGGCAAAUGGACAUCAAUCCCAAGAGCGAACCUCUGAAUGAAGAUGUCAAAGUGCCAGAAGGUGGCCCGGACUCCAGGAACUUCGACCUCAAUGCUGGAGUCGAUGAAAGCUCAGAUAAACCGGCUUCAACAGCUGUAGUAGCCACUACAUCAUCAACAGGUCCAUCUGAUGUAAAAGUCGAAGAGCAUCCCGGGCUUUCUGAAGCGGAUAGGAUGGCUAUCGACCCCAUCCACCUCACGCAAUUUAGUUCGAGGCUGGACGAAGAAGAUGAAGAUUACGAUGAAGAAGGUUAGAGUAGAUAAGGAAAGUGCUAAUCUUCUUUGGGUUUAGGAUAGGUGAUUGUAAACAUAGGAUGAAGAUGGCAUGUAGGAUAUACAUUUGAUUUGCUUUCUCUUAACUAGUUUUCUUCUCUGUUUCA